AUGGGAGGGAAGGGAAAGGUCCAGGAAGGUGGAGCGGAGAGCGGAAGAGGCCUUCCGUUCGUGGAGGUUGACGUUCCCGGGAGAUUCGGAAAGUAUGUCGAUAGCGACGCGCUCGACGGGGAUUCGUUCGGCCCGCCGCUGACGCCGCAGACGGCGUCGAUAGAGGACGAGUUCCGCCGCGGCAUGCAGGAGGUUCGCGAGAUGCGGGACAAGUACGAGGGGCUGCUGUUUCUCGUCGCCAACGCGCAGCAGCGCGCUGCAGAGUUCUCUGACGCGUUUCGGGAGCUGUCCUCGUUUGUGGCGGGUGCGUUUGGCGCUAUAGAGGACGGUAACGUAGGCGAGGUGUUUCAGCAUGUAGCUGUGGUGGAGGACCGCAUCGGACAGCUCUUCCAUUACUAUGCCAUGCAUCUAGCACAGUCCAUAGCAGAGCCAACCGAGUCUCUGCUAGUGGAAAUCCACCAAGUGGAGAAGCCAAAAGAGCAGCACGCACCCACGAAUCUGGAGGUGCCUGAAAAUCAUAUCUCUUCCCAACCCCCCCUCCUGCUGGCUCCCCUCACACGUGUCUCUUUCAGGCGCACGUACGCAGAGGCCAGAGCAGCAGCGCGCACCCAUUUGCCAUCCCCUGCUACUACACGCAUUGGAUGCACUGGAGGGGUGGGCGGAGGUGGGGGUGGGGUAGGUGGGGGCGGGGGCGGGGGUGGGGGAGGGGGAGGGGGCGGAGCUAGUUCUGCAUCAGCAGCAGCAGUAGCAGGCGGAGUAGGGGCGGCGGCAGUGGCAAGAGGAACAGCAUCAGUUGGCGAGACGGACUGGGAAGGAGAGGCAGCACGAGGCAGGGGCAGGCGAGAGCCAGAGGAGGGGGAGAGAGAUGAGGAGGAGGAAGAGGAGGAGAUGGGCGAAGAAGAACGAGCAGCCAAGGAGGAAUUCGAUGAAGUAGCAAUGACCCUAGGGUGUAGGAUACUCGCCUUAGAGCAGAGGCGGCCUAGGGCGCUACUCUCUCAGGUAGUGAGGCACCACGUGGCGAAGAGCCGGCUGCUGAGACGAUCCCAGCUGCAGCUGGGGCAGCUGGAUGGGAUGAUGGGGUAUUUGGUGGAGGAGCUGGGGAUGGGGGGCGUGCCGCUGCUUUGUAGCGUUGAUGAGGGCAGUACCCUAGGGAAUCCUUCAAGUAACGCGCCAGGUGCCCCAGGUUCUGCUGCUGCUCCAUGCGCCACUUCCUUCCCUGCACUUGUUGCUGCCGCUGCUGCCACUCCCACUCCCCCAGCACCUCUACCUGCUGCUGCUGUGCUACAAACACCUGUGCUGUCAGCUGCUGUGGCUGCAGCAGCAGCGGGGGGUGGGGGUGGGUUGAGGGGGAGAGCAGCACACGUGGGUCCCUUCGCCAUGCAAAUGUCUGGCCCGCUUCCCCGCCCUUCUGCUGUUGAGCAGGCUGCAGCAGGAGGUGCUGCUGCCUCUGCUGCUGCGGCUGCUACAGCCGUUUCUACUACCAUUCCUACAGGCUCUGGAGGCGGUUCGGCAGGUGGCUCGGCAGGCGGCUCGGCGGGUGGUUCGGCAGGUGGAGCAGGCGGAGGUGUGGGAGGGCGGUUCAGCUUUGGCUCUGCCAGCAGGGAAGGCCCAGCAGGUGGAUUAGCAGGAGGUCCUUCAGGUGGAUUGGCAGGAGGCUUUUCAGGUGGUUUGGCAGGUGGAUUCACAGGUGGGCUGACUGGAGGUGCAACCAUGCCUAUGCCCGGGCAUCAGGCCCCAGCGAAGAGAGUAAGCCAUUCGGGGCCCAUUCUGAGAGGCAGCGGUGGUGGCGCUGGCCAAGCCCCAGGCGCAGCACCACCAGGUUCUGCCACUGCUGCCACUCCUCCCACGGGACCAGCACAAGGGUAUGCCUACGCUGGCCCGACAGGGGCCACCGGGCCUGCAGUUCCGACAGCAGUUUCAAUGGGGAUUUCACCUGGAGUUUCUACGGGAGUUUCAGGGGGGGUUUCAGGUGGAGUUUCGACGGGAGUGCAAACAGGACUGGGUGUGGGUCAAAGCUACCCCUUCCACCCUGCUUACGGUUUCAACACCAGCCCUAGUGACGGAUUAGGGUUUGGGGGCAGUAGCGGUGGAUUCGGGUUUGGGCCCAGUAGCAGCGGAUUAGGGUUUGGAGCCUCGCCUGUUUUCCAGGGUGGUUUACCCAGCAAGGCCCUGAGUGGCCCCAUAGCCUGCAGCACCGAGGAGGGCGAAUCCGGCGCCAGCAGCUUCACUGGCUCACCGUCCCUGUGUUCCAUAGACAGCCCUGUAGCUGCUGCAACUGACGACCUCACCCUUCCCCGCACCCACACCACCGCCUCUUCGUCCUCUUCCUCUUCCGCCGCCCAAUCCGCCGCUCCUACGUCAACUCUUCAGCCGAGGCAGCAUCAUGGGAGUUCGGUUGAGCGGUCUCAACCGUCGGAUGUGUCCAGUUCAAGACGGCUGGAGAUCCACCUGAGGCAGGCUUUGACGAUGCCACGUCAGCACCACCUGUUGUCGCCAGCUGAUGGCAUGUGCAGUCCACAUUCGUCCAUGACGUCGUCAUCGUCCUCACCUGUGCAUUCCCCACUGUUGCCAGCAGCUGCCCAGUGA